GGAGUGUGGUGAUCGCUGUGACCUCCCCCACUGACGUGUCUGCUGACGAUCACGGAAUCCAGUGGACUAGGACCCAUCGCCGGGUACGGGCAGCGAUUGCACUGAGACUCCCCGGCGUGGAAAGUGCCAGUGCCAGCGGGGGAGCGGGCUGGGUGCGUGGGUCUGUCACAGUAGUAGUAGCAGCAGCAGCAGCCCCAUGGUCCCUGGGAUUAUCCGUUGUUUUGGGAUUUCGUUGUCAUAUGGCAGAGAGGAAUCACUGGUGACUAUCAUCCCCACUGAGCAUCGGUGCUGAGCUCACACCUGCACAGUGAUCGUAUGCUGGCUUCUUCCAAAGGAUGAUGGUGUGACUGGGACUUGGCAGCCCUUAGGGACCAUUCAACUCAUGAGGAAAAGUGGAUGUGGUAAUAAUUACCUGGGAGUCCUGGAGAUCUCCUUAGUGAUUACAGUGGAUUAUUAGUAGGGUACACUUGUGGAUCACCAGUGGAUGGCAGGGGUAGCUGCUGGAGAGAGCCAUGCCUGGGCUUGUCACAUGGCAACCACUUCACCUGUCACAGGAAUAACUUGCACUAUAAUGAAGUAGAAAAAUAUUAAGGACAUUUUAUUCUCAAUAAUGGAGAAUAGGUUGCCUGUGAUACCAAUAAAUCAAGAUAAAACAAAUGUUCCUAUGGAAAAAUCUAAUAGCCCAACUAAUAGCAGCCACGACUUGUGCGAAUCAGAUGAUUCCAGUGUUGAAGAUACAGAUUUCAAUUGGGAUGAAUAUUUAGAGGAAUCAGCAUCGAGUGCUGCGCCUCCCACUUCUUUUAAACAUGUUGAAAUCAGUCUUCAGAGCAGCUUCCAUCCUGGAAUGAAACUGGAAGUGGCCAAUAAGAAUAAUCCAGAUACUUAUUGGGUAGCCACUAUUAUUACCACAUGUGGCCAGUUACUUCUCUUGCGAUAUUGUGGCUAUGGAGAAGAUCGCAGGGCAGACUUCUGGUGUGAUGUAAUGACUGCCGAUCUACACCCUGUUGGUUGGUGUACACAAAACAACAAGGCCCUAAUGCCACCAGAUGCAACAGUAGGCGCCAUUGUGUACCAGCGCCAGCAGCAAAUCCCCGUUUCAAAUACCGCAGCCUCCGGAAUAAAGGAGAAGUGCACUGACUGGGCUGAGUUUCUGAUCCACGAUCUGACUGGCUCCAGGACAGCCCCAGCACAACUUCUAGAGGGACCUCUUCGAGGGAAAACCCCAGUAGACCUCAUUACAGUAAAUUCACUGAUAGAGUUGCAGGAUUCCCAGAAUCCCUUCCAGUACUGGAUCGUCAGUGUGAUAGAAAAUAUUGGAGGAAGAUUACAGUUGCGCUAUGUUGGACUAGAAGAGUCAGAUUCCUGUGAUCAGUGGUUAUUUUACUUGGACUGUAGACUUCGACCUGUUGGUUGGUGCCAAGAAAAUCAGUGCAGGAUGGAGCCACCUUUAGACAUUCGUCCACUGAAGAGUAUGUCUGAAUGGAAAUGUGCUCUGGAAAAGUGCCUGGUACAGGCUGCGAGAUGUCCUCUUCCAGUUGAAGUUUUCAAGGAUCAUGCUGACCUAAGGAACCAUUCCUUCACUCUGGGGAUGAAGGUGGAGGCAGUGGACCCAACGGAGCCAUCUAAUAUUCGUCCAGCAUCUGUGACCAAGGUUUUUAACAGCCUUUAUUUCCAAGUGGCUAUUGAUGAUUUGAGGCCAGAGGUUAGAAGCAUCUCUAUGCUUUGCCAUGCCGAUUCUUUGGGACUCCUGCCUGUACAAUGGUGCCUUAUAAAUGGGGUUAAUCUCACACCUCCUAAAGGUUAUCCAGAGCAGGACUUUGACUGGGCGGAUUACCAGAAACAGUGCGGCGCUGAGGCAGCACCCCAUACAUCCUUCAGAAAUACGUCAAACUCGCGCGGAUUCACAAGAAAUAUGAAACUGGAAGCAGUUAACCCAAAUAAUCCAUCUGAAAUCUGUGUUGCAUCUGUUACCAAAGUAAAAGGGAGAUUGAUUUGGCUUCACCUUGAAGGUUUGCAGAAGCCACUUCCAGAGUAUAUUGUUGAUGUAGAAUCAAUGAAUAUUUUCCCUGUCGGAUGGUGUGAAGCAAAUUCAUACCCACUCAAUACACCACACAGAGCUAUUGUGAAAAAGAAAAGAAAAAUUGCAGUUGUGCAGCCAGAGAAACAAUUACCAUCCUCAGUGCCAGUGGAAAAAAUACCUCAGGAACCCUGUCCAUUCCCUCAGACGGAUAGCUGCUCAACAGGAACCACCAAUGGGAAAUAUUGCUGCCCCCGGCUGUUUAUAAAUCAUCGCUGCUUUUCAGGACCAUAUUUAAAUAAAGGCCGGAUAGCGGAACUACCUCAGUCAGUGGGUCCUGGGAAGUGUGUGUUGGUUCUUAAAGAGGUACUCAGUAUGGUAAUUAAUGCAGCCUAUAAACCUGGACGGGUCUUAAGAGAGUUACAAUUAGUGGAAGACACAUCAUGGAACUUCCAGGAAGAAACACUGAAAGCCAAAUACAAAGGAAAAACCUACAGGGCAACAGUGAAGAUUGUCCGCACAUCAGGCCAAGUGGCAGACUUCUGCCGGAGAGUCUGCGCAAAGCUGGAAUGUUGUCCCAAUUUGGUUAGCUCAUUGCUGAUUAGUGAUGUGUGCCCAGAAAACUGCUCCGUACAAACAAAAACCAAAUACACUUAUUACUAUGGGAAGCGUAAAAAGAUAUCUAAGCCUCCCAUUAAAGAACACAUUGCGGACAACAUGCAGGCCAAACCAGCAAGACGGAGAAAGAGGAGGAAAUCUAUUUUUGUGCAAAAAAAGAGGCGCACUAAAGUGGUUGAUGUCAGUCCUGUUGGGUCAGCUGAGGAAAGUGCUGAAAAUGAUGGCAUGGAAGAUGACACAGGAAGUGAGGACACAAGUUCUGAGCUACGAGAUGAUCAUACUGACACUUCUUCAGUUGAAAUCCCCUCUGUGCGACCACGAAGAGCCGUAACGAUGAGGAACAGCACUGAAUCUGACAGACCACCUCUAGCAGAGAGGGCAAAGAGAGUACGGAAAACACGCUCCCUCUCCUAUGUUCAGGAAGACAAAUCCACAAGUGGAAAAAAUGAUAAAAACCAGGAGGAAGAAGAUGGCCUGGUUCUAGAGACCAACCCAUUGCAAUGGACAGUAACUGAUGUAGUACAAUUUAUAAAAUCCACGGAUUGUGCUCCCUUAGCGAAAAUCUUUCAAGAACAGGACAUUGACGGACAAGCUCUGUUAUUGUUGACUCUUCCCACAGUUCAAGAAUGCAUGGAUCUGAAACUGGGCCCAGCCAUCAAGUUAUGCCACCAAAUAGAAAGGGUGAAAGUGGCAUUCUAUGCACAGUAUGCCAGCUGAACCCUCCGUUAUAUUUUGUGGUACUUAAUCUAUAUCAACUGUUUAGAUAAAAAUAUAAAACAUUUAAAAAAAAAAAAAUUGGUUAUCAUAGAGAACAAUCACUGUUUCCCAAUUUGUAGAUUUUGCAGCCACUUUUCUAAGCAGCUACAUCCAAUCAUAGCGAUGAAAAAAACAAAACAGAACAAACAUUUCUCAUAGGAUUUUCUAACAAACAAUUGGAUUUUGUUGGAUAUAAAGGCAUACUUUGACAUGUCUGAUCUUUUAGCAAAAUCUUUCAUAUUGAAAGCUUGUAUUCGUUUUUACAGUGAUCUGUAGCUUAAAUGAAAGCUUUGAUAUAGUAGAACACUCUCUGUUGUCACUACAUGUCAUUUUAAUACCGAUCACUAGAAAAUAAAGCCUUUCGCUGUGUACAUUUCAUUGCAGAGUAAUACAUUGCAGGAAGCCUGACUGGUAGUUAAAGUGUCACUGAGCUGUAAAGUCAGGUAGGAUGUGUGCACACUGCACAUAGCUAUCUGACUGAUUGAAGGAUGCAGUAACAUGAGGCACAAUGAUGAGGCCAAGGCACCAAGUGGUUACAUUGCUACUGCACUGUUGCUAGAGUCAAUUGUGACAAAAAGAAAUGUGUUAGAAAAUAAACUACUUAAAGGACAAACAUUUAUUCCAUCCAUGCAAUUUGGUUGUUUUAACUCCAGUGUCUCAUUAAGAUAUUUAGGGGUCUAUUCAUGAAGCAGUGAAAAAAAGUGGAGAAAAAAACAAAUGGAGAAGUUGCCCAUAGCAACCAAUCAGCUUUGAAGGAUGUCUUUAUCUAGUACAUACUAUACAAUGUAAGGGAUAUGCUGAUUGGUUGCUAUCGGCAACCUCUCCACUGGUCUGUUUCUCCACUCUUAUCACUACUUCAUGAAUAGACCCCAUUGCCCAGUGCACACUUUACAUCAAAACCACGGUGUAUAGAUGGAGGUGUAACCUCAUU